GGCGUCUUGUGAGCAGCAGCUGCUUCUACAAAACUGGGGAGAAGGGGAACCGGGAAGAAGCAAUUAUACCAGUGAGUCACAUACACAGGUGAAUUCACUGAGCUGCACUAUUGAGCUUCAGCUGCCAAUAGAAGGACAAUGGCAAGCCACAGGCCAGUGAAAUCUGUUAAGAAAUCUUCCGUCCCUGGGGUGACCAUCCAACAAUUUGUUGAUAAUAUUCCAACAGGAUGUUGUACUCCUGACUUUGAGCGAAAACCCAUCACUCUGACAUUACAGGAAGGUAAAAAUGCCAUUUUCAGGGCUGUGGUCAAGGGUGUACCUGUACCUGAGGUGGUAUGGAAACGGAACAAAGGAGAAAUGGAUAAUCCUGACAAAUACCAAACAUCCUUCAAUGCCGUUACAAAUGAGUUCAUUCUGCAGAUAAAUAAACUCACAGCAGCGGAUGCUGAUUUGUACCGCUGCUCUGUUGUGAAUGAAUACGGGGAAGCCUUCUGUGUUGUCGGCCUCAGGAUCAUACAAGCUGGUUUUAAGAAAAAAAUGAGACAGGUCCCCACUGAGACUCAGCAGGUAGACCUGAAGAAAGAGAUACAGGACUUCAAGAAACUAUUAAGGAAGCGAGUCCCACAAGCUGCUCGGAAGAAGGACAUUGACAUGGAGCAGGUCUGGCAAUUGUUGCUGCAUGCAGAUAAGAAGGAUUAUGAGAAAAUUUGUUUAAGGUAUGGAAUUGUUGACUUCCGUGGAAUGCUAAGGAAACUUCAGCAGAUGAAGAAGGACAAAGAGGACAAACAAGCCAAGUAUAUCAACAGUAUCAGAAACCUGAGACACAUCAAGGUCAACAAGGAGGGAAAUGCUAUGUUUGAUCUAGAGAUGGACCUGAAAGAUCCCCAAAGCAGAAUUUACUUAUACAAGGAUGGUGAGAUGAUCAAUUAUGGAUUCAAUGAUGACAACAUGAAACACUGCCUGAAACAGGUAGGGAAAACUUACCGUUUCAUCAUCAAUGACCUGAAGUCAGAAGAUGCGGGUGUGUACCAGCUGAAAGUAGAAGAUGUAGAUGUCUUCUCAACUGAGCUGGAAGUUGACACAAUUCCUGUCACAUUUGAGCACCCGCUCAGUGAGGUGUGUUGCUCUGAGCAAGAAAAUGCUGUCUUUGAGUGCAGCCUAUGCAGCCCCUGUUAUGAUGCCAUGUGGUUACAUGCAAACAAUCCCAUUGAGAAUAACAACAAGUAUGAAAUCUCUGUCUCCUCUGAUGGCCUGAACCACAAGCUGAUGAUCAAAAGUGUGCAGCCCGCUGACAAAGGCACUUAUACUCUUGAUACUGGCAUCUGCUCCUCUAGUGCCUGCCUUUUGGUGGAACCUGCCAGAGGAAAGAGAAGACAGGCUGAAGGAGAUGAAACGGAUAAAAAGGGACAGCAGAUGGAUAGGUUAUCUGAUAAAGAAAGUGUUAAGAAACUUCGACAAGGAGAAGGUCCUGGGGACAAAGAUCACUUUAGAGACACAGCCAUAGGCAAAGAUGGACUAUAUGGAAGUGGCCUAGAUGAUAACAAAGGACUUUACAGCUCCUCAAUGGGUGCUGAUGGAAGACAUGGAUAUUUGGGACAAGAUGGGCUGGCUGCUGGCGGCAGAGUUGGAAAGAUGGGGACAGGGCAGAUUUCUACAGCAGGGAUAGAUGGAAACUUAAUGGAAAAUGCAAAUAAAUUUGGCAGAUUUCCUGGUGAUGAAGGAGGAUGUAUGAGACAGAUUUAUGACCAGGAGUCAAAGUUAGGUGACUCUGAUAGUAGUGGUGCAUUAGCUGGAGAAGGGGUUAGGGCUUCUCUUUAUGGGAAGGAGUCUAUGCUAGGUGGAGCAGGAAUAGGAGGGGCAGAUUUGUUGGGUUCUUUACGUGACAGGGAUUCUAUGGCUGGCCGAGCGGCUGGUGGUGGUGGCAGCAGGUUAGUGGGGACAGGGGAGCUGAGUUCUCUGGGUGAUGGAGAGUCCAUGCUAGGUGUUAGCGCUGCAUUAGGAGGCUCAGGAGGGUUCAGUUCUCUCCAUGGCAAAGAUGCUAUGUUAGGAGGUGUUGGUUCUGGUGGCCAUGCUGGAUUUGGAGGAGCAGAGGCCCUAGGAUCCCUCUUUGGUAAGGAUGCUGCCUUAAGUGGAACUAGUGGUGGUGCUGGCUUAGGUGGUUCAGGGGUCACAGGUUCUUCCUAUGGCAGAGGUCAUAUGCUAGGGGCUAGUGGCACUGGUGAGGGAGUAGGAGGUGCUGGCAGCAUGGGUGCUUUCUCCAGCAAAGAUGCCAUGUUGGGUGGAGCCAGUGUUGGUGGUGGGCCAGCAGGUGCAGGGAGAAUGGGGUCUCUCUAUGGUCAGGAUUAUAUCGGACCUGGUGCAGGGGCUGGAUCAGCAGGUGCUGUAGGAAUGGGUACUGCUCAUGGCAAGGAUGCUGUGCUAGGUGGAGCUCAUGCUGGUGUUACUGGUACUGGUGUAUGUGGUUCAGAGUGGUCUUCUGGUAUGGAAGAUAGUGCCAUUGUGGGUAGUGUGGGUACUGGUGGUGCAGGGAGUACUGGUGCUUUUUCUGGCAAAGACUCUAUGCUAAGCGGAGCCACAGCAGACGGCAUUGGGGCUCUGUCUGGUAGGGCUGGUGGUGGUCGAUUCAGCGUUGAUGGUGCCAGUGCAGGUUGUGAGCAUGCAGUGGGUUCUCCGUAUAAUAAGGACAGUGCAAAAGAAAGAGCUGUUACUGGUGGCUCUGGUCAAGGUGGUAUAGGAGGAAUGGGGUCUCUCUCUGGUGAAGGUGGUAUUUGGAGUCAAGCUGGUGCUGGAUUAGGGGGUAUGGGGUCUCUCUAUGGUAAGGAUGGUGUGCUGGGUGAUGGUGGUGAUGGUGCUGCCUAUGUAAGUGGCGCAGGGGGAUUAGGGGCCUUGCAAGGUAAGGGUGGUAAGGUAGCUGGAGCCAUGGCUGGUACUGGUGGAGCCAGUCCUGUUGGUGGCAAAACAGGUGUGGGGUUGCUCCAAAGUGGCGGGGGCAUAGUAGGUGGAUCCAGGACUGGGGCUGGUGCAGGUGGUGCAGGGGGAAUGGGUUCUCUCUAUGGCAAGGAUGGUCUGCAGGGUGAAGUUGGUUUUGAUGCUGCUGGUGCUGCUCGAGGAGAUUCAGGAGGCCUGGGAUCUCUCUAUGGUAAAGAUGGAAUGGAAUAUAGUGCUGGGGCAGGUGCUGGUGCAUGGGAUGCAAGGGGAAUGGGCACUCUUCAUGGUAAAGAUGAUGUGUUAGGUGUUAUGGGUGUUGGCAGUGCUAGUGGAGGUGGUUCAGGGGGGAUAGGGUCUCUCUACAGCAGGGACAGUAAGUUAAGUAAAGCUGGUGCUGCUGGGGUUGAGCUAAGAGAUAUGGGAGGUGGAGGGCAUCUUUAUGGUGAAGAUGGUUUGCCAGGGAGAACCUGGACUGGUGCUGGUGCAGCUGGUGCUGGUUUUGGUGGUGUGGGAGGCCUGGGGUCUCUUCAUGGCCAGGAUGCUCUGCUAGGUACAACCAGUGCUGGUGUUGAUGGAGCUGAGGUAGGGGGCAUGGGAUCUCUCUAUAAUAAGGAUGGUAUGCCGAGUGGAGCUGGUGCUGGUGUAGGUGGUGCAGGAGGCAUGGGAUUUCUCCAUGGUAAGGAUGAUGUGCUGGGUGUAUCCGGUGCUGGUGGUGCAGGUGCAGGGGGGGUAGGGUCUCUCUAUGGUAAGGAUGGUGUGCUGGGUGUAUCCGGUGCUGGUGGUGCAGGUGCAGGGGGGGUGGGGUCUCUCUAUGGUAAGGAUGGUGUGCUGGGUGUAUCUGGUGCUGGUGGUGCAGGUGCAGGGGGGGUGGGGUCUCUCUAUGGUAAGGAUGGUGUGCUGGGUGUAUCCGGUGCUGGUGGUGCAGGUGCAGGGGGGGUGGGGUCUCUCUAUGGUAAGGAUGGUGUGCUGGGUGUAUCUGGUGCUGGUGGUGCAGGUGCAGGGGGGGUGGGGUCUCUCUAUGGUAAGGAUGGUGUGCUGGGUGUAUCUGGUGCUGGUGGUGCAGGGGGGGUGGGGUCUCUCUAUGGUAAGGAUGGUGUGCUGGGUGUAUCCAGUGCUGGUGGUGCAGGUGCAGGGGGGGUGGGGUCUCUCUAUGGUAAGGAUGGUGUGCUGGGUGUAUCUGGUGCUGGUGGUGCAGGUGCAGGGGGGGUGGGGUCUCUCUAUGGUAAGGAUGGUGUGCUGGGUGUAUCCGGUGCUGGUGGUGCAGGUGGGGUGGGGUCUCUCUAUGGUAAGGAUGGUGUGCUGGGUGUAUCUGGUGCUGGUGGUGCAGGUGCAGGGGGGGUGGGGUCUCUCUAUGGUAAGGAUGGUGUGCUGGGUGUAUCCAGUGCUGGUGGUGCAGGUGCAGGGGGGGUGGGGUCUCUCUAUGGUAAGGAUGGUGUGCUGGGGGCCACUGCAACUGGCAUAGGUGUUGCAGGAGGCAUGGGGUCCCUCUAUGCCCAGGAUGGUAUGUCAGGCAGAACAGGAGCUCAUACUGGUGGUGCUGGGAAAAUAGGGUCUCAUAUUGGCAUGGCCUCUGUGCUAAGUGGAACUGGUGAGAAUGCUGGUGGUGGUGGUGUUGGUGGUCCAGAGGGGACAGGGUCUCUUUAUGGCCAGGAUGGUAUGCUAGUUGGACCUGGUGUUGGUAUGGGGGCUUCAAAGGGACUGGGCACUCUUGAUGGCAGGGGUGCUGUGCCAGGUGGAGUUGGUGCUGGUGUGGGUGGAGUAAGAACUGCAGCAGGUAAGGGUGCUUUGGCUGACAAGGAUGCUGUGUUAACUGCAUCUGGGGCUGGUGCAGGAUUAGGAGGUGAGGAAGCACUGGGUUUGCUCCGUCACAAGGAUGCCAUAUUGAAAGGGGCUGGGGGUGCAGCUGGGGCUGGUCUGAGCGAUGUGCAGGGAAUGGAGUCUCUCUCUGAUAGGGAUACUAUGCUACGUAGAGCUGGUGGUAGUGCUGGUGAUGGGUUAGGAGGUGCAGGCGAUCUGGGUGCUGUCCCUGGACAGGGUGCUAGAGUGGGUGCAGGUGGUGCUGAUGGUAGACCAGGAGGUGCUGGAGGGUUGGGUUCUGUCUAUGGCAAUGAUGACAUGUUAGGUGGCACCAGCGCUCUUACACAAGAGGGGUUAAGUGGAGGUUGGGGCAUGGGAACUCUUGAUAGCAGAAGUUCUGUGUUAGGUGGUGCUGGUGCUGGUGCUGGUGCUGGUGCUGGUGUUGGUGUUGGUGCUGGUGCUGGCGCUGGCUCUGGCAGUGGCAUGGGUGGUGCCAGUGCUUUGGAUUCCUUGCAUGGCAGAGGUUCUGGGCUUGGUGGAGUAGGACCUGGGAGUGAAUUCAGAGGAGCUGGAGGCACGGACUCAUUUGAUGGCAGAGAUACAUUCUUAGGGGUAGCUGGUGCCAAAGGUGGAAUUAGUGGUCUAGGGGGCUCAGGUUCUUCUUACGAGAGGGAUUCUGCUUUUAGUGGAACACAUGUUGAUGCAGGGGGUAAAUUAUUUAAUGAAGUGACUGAUGGGAGGAAGUCAGGAGUUCCUGAUGAAGGCUGGCAGGGUUAUGAGCCAAUGUCAGGCCUUCAUAGUGGCGCCUUUUCUGGAGACCGAAGAAGACAGAUGUAUGGCCUUGAUGCCAGUGGACUGAGUGCAGAUGAAAACUUGGGGAGUAGAGACAGAAAAGGAAGAGAAGGACGUUUUCCCCAAGAUGAUGUGAGAGAACCACGUUGCCAUUUCAACAAACGAUUAUCAGAUGUGCAUGCCUUGAAAAGGAAGCCAGCUGAGCUGUGUUGCAGUCUCAAUAAUGAGCAGAUGGAAGGGUCUUGGUUUAAAGAUGGAUUCAAGCUAACAGGCAUGGAUGGAGUCUCUUUUGAAAAGGAAGGCCCAAACCACAGACUAAUCAUAGACGAAGUGGAUGAUAUUCAUGCUGGAACAUAUAGGUUUGAAGCUGAAGGCAUCAAAACCGAAGCUAAAAUUUUUGUUGAAGAUCCCCCAAAUGUUGACAAGGAUCUUCAGGAAAAACUGAUGAAGGAUCCUCUAGUGAUCAAGGCAGGGCAGAAUGCUGUGGUCAAGAUCCCUUUUGAAGGCCGGAAACCAGUCAAAGCAACAUGGUUAAAGGAUGGGUGUGAGCUCCUGGAUGAUACCAGGAUCCAUACUGACAAAGCGGAUAACUUCACUCGGCUUUCUAUUUCUAGCGCUAACAGGAAGGACUGUGGGGAUUACAAAGUGAAGCUCAGCAAUGGGAGUGGAGCCUUGGAGGUCAACCUAAAGCUGGUAGUAACAGACAGGCCACAAUCACCGAUGGGCCCUAUAGAAGUGGUAGAUAGUUCCAUAACUGGCAUCACCAUCCAGUGGAAGCCCCCAAAAGAUGAUGGGGGCAAACCAGUGCUCAGCUAUGCUAUUGAGAGGCAGCAAGUGGGCAGACAAACCUGGCUGACAGUGGGAGAAGCAGAUGGGAGCAGCACAACUUUUACUACCAACAAAGUGGAACAUGACAAAAGCUACUGCUUUCGGGUGCGAGCGAUAAAUGCUGAGGGGAGCAGUGAGCCAUUAGAGUCAGGCGAGGUGAUGGCUGCAACCAAAGUUUUCCCUGGCCCCCCUGCUCCUCCUAAGAUUGUGGAGGCCAGCAAAGAGGCCAUCAAACUGUCUUGGGCAGUGCCUGACAAAACAGGGAAUUCCCGAAUCCUGGGAUACAUCGUUGAGAAACGUAAGAAGGGCAGUAGCACCUGGGCACCUGUCACUGAUCAGCCAAUCACAGAGAGGAAGUGGAAAGUGACUGACCUGAAGGAAGGACUGCAGUAUGAAUUCCGCGUGGCUGCCGUCAAUGCUGCUGGUACAGGCGAGGCCAGUGCACCAUCAGAAUCUGUCUUUGCUCAAGAUCCCAUGGAUCCUCCAGGUCACGUGAGGGACCUUAAGGUGACCAAUACUGAUUACACCAGCAUUACAUUGGCAUGGACAAAACCCAAACCAGAGGAUGGGGGUGAAGCUAAGGGGUAUAUGGUAGAGAUGCGAUCUUCUAACAACCUCAAGUGGACCCAGUGUAACACUCAGCCCCUAAGGAUGACAAUGUAUACAGUGAAAGGCCUGGAACCCAAAGAAAUGUACUUCUUACGGGUGAGGGCUGUCAAUGACGGGGGCGCUGGUGAAGCUGUAGCACUGGACACUGAUAUUCAAGCCAUGCCCCCUAUGGUUACUCCCAAAUUCCUAAUAGAUGACACUGUGAAAAGCUUUAUGAUUGUAAAAGCUGGAAAUUUCAUCCGAGUGCACAUUCCCUUUGAAGCAUCUCCAGCUCCUGAGGUGACUUGGCUAAAGGACGGGCUUUCUUUACCCAGAAAGGCCAUAACAACCACCAAACAGGGCCACACUCAACUGGUGAUUCCAGCAGCUGAAUUUUCAGACAGUGGGAUCUACUCCAUUUUGCUCCAAAAUGAGUUGGGGAAACGAGACUUGUUCAGCUUCCAGAUCCAAGUCACAGAUAUCCCAGAGUCGCCUGGUCCUAUUCAGUUACAAGAGAAUGUCCCCAAUACAGUUACAAUCACAUGGGAGCCCUCACCAACUGAGAAGCGGGAAAGUAACCUCUACUAUACCGUCAUAAAAUGUGACUCCAGAAAUGGCCACUGGCAAGUGUUGGGUGACCUGAUCUACACUAACAAGUUUACCCUCACAAAAGUCAUCCCAGGCUUGGAGUAUUACUUCAGGGUUGUGGCAAAAAAUUACAUGGGAUCCAGUGAUCCAUCUGAAACUGUGCAGCCCUGGAGCAUUCAAAAGGAAAAAGCUGAAUUCAAAGUUCGACUACCGAAGUACAGGGGUGUGAAUCAAAAUCAGCCUCCAAGAUUCCUUGUGCAGCUGAAGCCCCAUGUGGUAACCACUGGAUUUGAUUGUCGUAUGAGCUGUGCAGUAACUGGCCACCCCAAGCCAAAGGUCACAUGGUAUAAAGAUGGCAAAAACCUCUCGGAGGACCCCACUUUCUUCAGCAAAAAUGACUUCGGUGUUUGCUGCCUGGUGAUCUUAGGUGUCACAACAAAAGAUGAAGGAGCAUAUGAGGUGCUGGCCACCAAUGAAUUGGGUUGUGCCAUCAGCAAAACCUUCCUCGUUGUAAGAGAGCCCUCCUUCUAAUAUGACCUGCCUGAAGAAAACCUCUGCACAGCCAUCAGAUUAAGAAAGCUUUCAUGUAGAAGUGGCAUUGUACCAAAAGCAAUGUAUCUGUUUAAUAAGACCACAUGAUGGUCUUGGGGUGGCUUUUGUUUUCUGCUCCGUUACCUAUAUCUUGAGCAUUGUGCUGUGUGUGUUGUCAAAAUGGGAGAAAAUGAACACUGCGAGAGCACAGACUUAGUACUGUGCAGAGUACCUCUUCACAGAGCAGAGCAGCAAGAUUGUAGGCUCUUCUGAAGAAAUGAGAAAUGUAUGGGACACAGUAGGCAAAGUGAGAGAGCGCGAGCAAGCUGUAGAUAGAAGUGCUUGGUCAAGAGGAGUUUUCCGUGGAGGUUACAGUCAUGAGAUGUCCUUCAGCAUCAAGAGAUCACUGCCACCUGUGCAUGGACCCUGGCUGAGAACUCUUCUGAAGCAGAAACUUCACCGUAGGAGCUCCAUGAAGUUGACCUGCUGGGAUCUGGAUAUCUAAUCUUCUAUCUCACAUGGGUUGUUUUAUUCUCUGAGUUUUGAAACCUCUAAAGAACUGGGGAGUGUGGCUGUGAAAGUGGUGAUGUGGUAGAAGGGUGGGGUGUUUGUGGCCUCCCUAGAGGACAUACUUCUAUGCUGAUGAGAAUUGUCUAUCUGAGUUGUGAUUUUCUUUGAAAUCUUAGGGUGCAUCUACACGUUGCCCUACGGCGACAUAGCAAUGUGCUACAUUGCCAUUUGGUGCACUGUGGCAACAUAGCAAUCAUGUAUGUCUACAUGUGAGUGCUAGCUACGUUGCCGUAGCAGCACAUUCCCUGGGUAUAGUAUGCUGCUACGGCGCUGUAGAAGCAAAAUCUAAGCAUGCACCGCAUGCGCAGUGUAGUAACUACCCAUACCGCGCUGUGCUUUAGCAACAUCGCUGUACAGCGACAUGUAGACGUGCCCAUAAUGGCCCCACAUUUGAUCUCUGGGUGGUUCAAGGGGUGCAACAACAGAACAGAGGAGACUGAACAAUCAAACAAAUAGUGGAAAAGCAUUAUUUAAAUAAAGGAUGAAUAGCUUCAAUUUAUUUCUUUAAUUUUUCCUCCCUGUCAAGCAUUGAAGAUGGAGAUUGUUAGCAUAUUUGGUAAUGACAUCCCUGCAGAUUGCUUUCCAGAAGUCCCAGUUCUACUAAGAGCAAUCGUGCACAUAUCUAAUUGUCUGAGGUUGUGUGCAUUAUGCCCAUAACUGUCUAUGCUGAAAAUAUUUGUCUACACACGCACUUACGCACGUGUGCGCGUACACAGGCAUGCACAGAGAGCGAGAGAGAGACUGACUUGUAUAGCAGUGUCUUCAGACAAGUAAUUUCUCAUACUGGAAUAGCAGGGAGUACUACAAUUCAGGAUUAUAUUCAGUGGCCUGAAUUUUAAUGGGAACCCAGAUUGGGGGAGCAGAUGCCCCUGCAAGCCAGAGCUUUUUACAUGAAUAGGUCUGUGCCCCACUUUUUUGCACCAUACUCCGGCUGCCAAUGCUUUUAUAAAACAUGUAGACUUUUUAAACUACCAAGUUAAUAUUUCCUUUGAAAAUAUAACAGUAAACUGGGGUUCAGUAAUGGUCAUCAGGGUUCUGCAAAGAGACUGGGAGUAUUGGUGGAGUGCAGGAGGUGGUGUGCCACCAUUACCGGGCUGGUUGCCUGGCUCUGCAUUAGCUCACCUGGCCUACGGGUACAGGUCCCACGGCAGAAGUGAUAUGAAAGGGUUCUAUGGCUUCAGGAAGUUUGAAAACCACUACAUUGGAGGACUGCAACCUUGCAUAUUUGAUCAAAGAAGACUCCACCAGAAACCUCUGAGAUCCAAUGAUUUGAGGAUUUGCUUGUUGAAUAGAUGUUGAGGUACUGAAAUCAACAAUUUAUGGGGAAUGGACACUUGCACAGCACCAUUGCAAUCGUGCUAAAGGUACUAGCAGGUGAUGUCAUGCGAGACGGGAAUGUACCAAGAAUGAAAGAUUAGAGGUCAUUGAAUUGUCAAAUGCUUGCAUGUGGCUUACCGUUGAGGUGUUUCAGCACUUUCCUUGACAUUUUGUGCUAAUGCAACACAGAAAUGGCAACUGUAGAUGAUUAAAUUAAAUCUCAGUUCAAUAAAAAUCAAAGAAAAUAA